CAGCUUUUCAGCCGCAAACGCAAAACAAAUGUGCAGGAACAAUUCAAAAAUAUUAAUAUUUGUGUUUCUGGCUUAAUUAAAGUGUAAUUAAUAUAUCAAAUUAGUUAAAUGUCGAGAGUAGCAUUAACGCUAACCAGUGGAAUUAAAUUCUUGCAGCUACCGAAUACUUCAAUCCUUGCUGCUGCUUCUCAAAUCCUACCAAUUCAAUGCCGUCAUAAAAUCAACAAUCGUCACUGGAAUCCAAAAUGGAAACGAAUGCGUGCACAAAAAUUCAUUAAAAUGGAAAUUCCUGAUUUAAAUGAGAGCACUAUUGAGGAAUUGACACCGGACGAACGAAGAUCCAAAAUGAAGAAACGAGGAAUUUUACCACCAAGACCAUACAUGGAACGUCCAUUUUAUAUCUCAGCAACUGGAGGUAUAUUCGAGCCUUACGUGCCAGCAGAAGGCGAUGGCAAAACUAGUUCCAUAACCGGAGUUUUAAAGGAAAAAGCUGAAUUUGUUGAGAAGAAAGGAAAGUCAUGGAAUGCCGUACGAAAAAUUAGAAGCUAUGACGAGGAUUUUGAUACAAAAGAAUUCGCUGUUCAUGCCCAAGACAUUUAUUUAAAGGCACAUGAAGCACUGGCAAACAAUGAUAAGCAUAAGCUAAGAGAACUCGUCACAGAACGUGUAUAUCCAGAAAUGAUGCACAAUUCAAAGAACAAGACACUAAGAUGGAGAUUCAUCAAGUCACUGGAACCACCAAAAAUCAUUCAUGCUCGAUGCACAGAAAUGAUUUCAAAGGAAAAUCUUUUUGGUCAAAUUACAGUUCGGUUCCAUACUCAACAAACUCUUGCCAUUUAUGAUCGAUUCGGACGAUUAAUGCACGGAAGUGAAAUAAUUGCAAAGGAUGUCUUAGAAUAUGUCGUAUUUGAAAAACAUUUAGCUAAUCUGUAUGGAGUAUGGAAGUUGCACGAUAAAAUUAUCCCAGACUGGAUGAAGGCAAGAGAACCACGUCCAAUAACUUAUGUCUUAGAGCCAGAGCCUGAGGUUAAGGAAGAAAGUGAAAAGAAGGUCGAUGUUGCCGUGACACAGUAAAUUAUUAUGCUGUAAAUGAGUUAAAAUAGGAUUAGUAGGAAUUUAAUAAAGAAAUCAAAAAAUUAAAGAUUCGUGGAUGCUAUUUUGGCAUGUAUCUUGUUCUGAUCAACGUGAAGGAAUCGUUAAAUUGUAGUCUAGUGCACAAUAUGGAUCUCUUUCGAAACAUCCAGUGAUAGUUUGGCAUUUAAAAUUGCAUAAAAAUCAGAUUUAACGACUGCAUACCAAAAUAAACUUGGCAAUAACAAUUGACAUACUUCGAAUACUAUUUUUGU